AUGCAGCGCGUAAGCCUGGCCGCAGUGGCCGUAUCGGUGUCCUCCUCACCUUCUCCUUCGGCAGCGGUUCUUCUGACACCGUCGCGCGGCUUCCGCAAGGAGCUGUUCGAGGGACCCCUCGACCUAAAACCGGGUGAGCGCAACGCCCGCAAGGGUCCGCCGGUGGCCCACAGCCUCCCGGUCUACAAGACGACGCACAAGCUACACAAUUCCGUCCGCUGGAAGAACGCGAACCUCGUGACGAACGUCGCCGGUGGCCAGGACUACCGCCUGCGCGAGACUCAAGGCGAGGGCACCUUCGAUGAAACGGGCAUGUACCGUGACUGGCUUUAUGGCGAUGAACGGCGCUACGCCAACUACAUUGGCCUGACCCUUGGUGCGCUCGCCAUCACGCUUUUCUGGUACACGAUGCGCGUGAUCGGCACAGAGACGUGGGACAUCCCAACCCCGGUGCUGGCCUCGCAGCGCAAGCGGCUCGCCAAGGCUGACGCGGAAGGCAGCGGCGAUGCCGCGGUAGAAGUGUUGGCGCUCCCGACGGAGAAGGAGAUUCGCCAAGAUGCGCUGGCGAUGUUGAAGCGGCCGACAACGUUGUCCAAGAGCAGCUAA